UGUCUUUUGUUGUUUGGAAUUGAUAUCUUGUGUUAAGUUUCUUUUAUUUUGCUCUUUUUAUUUGUUUAUUUUCAAUAUUGUUUUGACUCUAGGUUGGGGAGUGAACCCCUUUUAAUUGUGUGUGUGUGUGUGUGUUUUCCAUUUCUUUCCCCAUUUUUUAGUUGCUGAGAGCUGAAGGUGUUGGUGUCCGGGUGGUGGUAUCCCUUUUCCUGUGUGCUGUGCGUUUCCCCGUAUUCAUUUGCUGUGUUCACUAUUUUUGUUUGCGUGUUCACGGGUGACCUUCCUUGGGAUCCUUUACCGUCUUCGUUCCCUUCUCCCCCUCCACUGGUGUGACCUACAGCCUUACCUCAGAGUCCAACAGUUGAAGAUAUAGGUCUUUCUCCAACCUCCACCUACUGCUUGGUAGGACCUCACACUGGACCUGUGGAUUCCAGUAAGACAAGAGCCCCUUUUAUUUCCAGUCUAGACGACAGGAACAUGAAGAGGACCACCAGAGGGGAGUGCUGAGAAUGUGAAAGUGAUGUAAAACAAUUCCAGUUGAAACUCUGUUCCACUCAGUGGAUUGCCCAGAAACAUUUCUGAGAAGAUACACGCUGAGCUCAGUUCAUAUACAGCCUUACCACUUCCUCAUAUGGUACAUGUUACAGGCAAAAUGGAGCUUGUCGUACUUCUCUGUGCCGUUUCUCUGCUGCAUUCAUGUGAAGCACAAGAGCCCAGUGCUGUGACUCCUGUGUUUGUGAAGAAGGGAGAGGAUGUGCUUCUGAAUGUCACAAUAGCUGAUGUUUCUACAAAUGAUAUUGUUUUCUGGAGAUUCAAUAAAACAGUUAAUAUAGUAAGAUUUUUAGCUGGAAAAGAAACAAUCUUUGAUGAUUCUGGAAGGAUUGAGGUGCUUGAGAACUACUGUGUGAAAUUGAAGAAUCUACAAGAGGCAGACAGUGGAGUUUAUACUGCAGUAGUGUCUGGGGGUAAAGAAAAAACAAUAACUGGAUACAAGAUCACAGUCCAAGAUCCAGUGUCUGCAAUUAAUCUGACAGUGGACUCUGUGUCUAACAGCUCAGACUGGUGUAACCUGACAGUGAGCUGCAGAGCACAGGACUCUCACAUUAGCAGCACCUUUAGAUGUGACACCCACACCUGCAGUCAGGAUGAAGGAGAGAGAUCCCAGGUCACACCCUCUGCUGCUGAUCUCCAUGUCUACCUGUCCAAUGGCUCCAUCAUCUGUAACCACAGCAACCAGGUCAGCUGGAUCAAGGACAUGAAAACAAUUAAAAAUUUCUGCCCCCAACUUGCUGUUCAGGAACACUCCACCAAUGCCAUCUCUGUAGCUGGUGCUAUUGGCAUAGGUAUCUUUCUCUUGUGUUGUGUUGCAGCAGCAGCAUUUUGUUAUCUUCAAAAGAGAGGACAUAAAAGAGAGAGCAUGGAGAAUACAGUAUAUGAAGUUCCUCGGGUCGGACAUACAACCUUACCUCAGAGUCCAACAGCUGAAGGUAUAGGUCUUUCGCCAACCUCCACCUACUGCUUGGUAGGGCCUCACACUGGACCUGUGGAUUCCAUUACGACAAGAGGCACGACUCUGCCAGAGAGUCUUUAUGCUCAGGUGGAUAAACCUGCUAGGUCCUUAAACAAGUAAUCAGCAUGGUAUUCUACAUACUGCUACACGUUCAAAAUAUGCGACUCCAGAACCAUUGUACCUCAAAAUUUGAGGUACAAUGGUAUUUUUGAGGCUCAAAAUACUUACAGAAGGACCCCAAAGCACUUAGCAACCACACUGUAGGCCCUAUAGCCUACUACUGACUUACUGUGUAUUCCUCCUUCAGAGAAAAAACAUUGUACUGCCACAUUUACCUGACAGACGUGGCAGAUUCAGAAUUUAAUCACAAAAUAUCACAAUUAAAAAGUGGAGUAAUCACAGGCAUGCGCCACCCAAUCCGUUUUUAUUGAGUUUCCUCUUAGUGAAAUGCUGAGUGAAUUUGGUAGUGAAGGGUAGACACGAAAGAGCCAGCGUUAUGGCAGCGCUCUUUUUCAGCGGCCUUUUAGUUUUAUUCACAGUUUAAUAUCCAACGCUGUCCAAUCGGCUCCAAAUUCCAAUCCUGAAGUUUGUUGACAGACCACACACAUACAGAGGCUUCCCUGUUUAUCAGAUAGAUGAACAUGUGUGUGUGUGUGUAUGUGUGUGUAUGUGUAUGUAUGUAUGUAUGUAUGUAUGUAUGUAUGUGUGUCUCAGGGAGGUCCUGGAAGAUAUAUUUGUGUGAACCUGUGAGAGUACCAUAAUGAAUAAUAUAUUAUGUCUACCUUGAACCAAACCUUUGUUCCUCUGGUGCCCCUUUCUCUCUCAACUCUUACCUCAUCAUGUAAAUAAAUGCGAAUCGAGCAAUUUUUAGAAAAUGUAGAUAUUCUUGUGUGUCUAAUUAAACCUUUGGCACAGUGUAACUUGAA